AGCCCCAUGGAGGGAGCGGGGCCGCUCUGCCCGCGCCAUGGAUGACCUCCACCUGCACUACAGGUUCCUCAACUGGCGCCGGCGCAUCCGCGAGAUCCGCGAGGUCCGCGCCGGCCGCUUCCAGGAGCGCUCCAAGCACAUCCUGGUGGAUGGGGACACGCUCAGCUACCACGGGAGCUCCGGCGAGGUCGGCUGCUACGUGGCCCCACGGCCCCUCACCAGGGACAACAACUACUUCGAGGUGUCCAUCGUGGACAGCGGUGUGAGGGGCACCAUCGCCGUGGGGCUGGUGCCCCAGUUCUACAGCCUGGACCAUCAACCCGGCUGGCUGCCCGGCUCCGUGGCCUACCAUGGUGAUGAUGGCAAGCUCUACAGUGGCCGGGCCAAGGGCCGUCAGUUCGGCUCCAAGUGCAGCUCCGGCGACCGCGUUGGCUGCGGCAUCGAGCGCGUGUCCCUGGAGGUGCGCACGGCGCACGUGUUCUUCACCCGCAACGGCAAGAGGGUGAGAGCCCGUUGACACCCACUGACCCCCAUUGACACCCACUG